AAUGAAUGCUCGCCGUGGUCAUCCACAAUUUCUUAAAGCUGAGUGAUAAUACGAAUCAUCAGGCAAGUCUUCGCUUCGUCUCUUUACUAUUUUCCCCCUUUUACAUUGUUCAAUCAUUUUAGGUAUUUCUGUGUCUAAAUAAGAACUACUUGUAUAUCCCCUGGAGAAAUGCAAUGAUUCUCCAUCAAUUAAGAAGAACCCUAAUUUCUUUACCACUUAAACAUGAACUUUCAAAUCUUACCAUUCCAUCUUCUAUACCCUUUUUCUCUUUAUUCUCUACUUUUGUGAAUUCAACUGGAAAUUCCAUUUCUGAAGUCUCAAAAUACUUGAUUACCCAACAUGAUUUUUCCAAAGAAACAGCUUUAAAGAGCUCAAUUUUCAUCACCCAGAAGAAGUAUGAAACUCCCAAAUAUGUGAUUAGUUUUUUCAAAAAUCUUGGUGUAUCAAAUACCCAGUUAGAGGCAAUAGUCUUAUGUGAUCCUCAAAUUCUUUCUCUUGAUGUUAAAAACUCAUUUAUGGAAAAAAUUGAUAGAAUAAAAGAUUUGGGUUUUUCUAAUGAUGAUUUGGUGAAUUUGUUGUCUUGUGUUCCUGGUGUUCUGACCUUACCUAGAUCAGUUGAUGCUGUUGCAGAUAGCUUUUCUGUGUUGUUAAAUGUUGUGGGUGUUUCCAAUUCAGAUGUUAUUAGGGUUUUAAAGAACUGCAAUUGGUAUUUAGGCAAUGAUUUGAACAAAAGUUUGGUUCCUAACAUUAAGUUUUUGGAAAAUUGUGGUAUUAGCCAAUUGCAAAUUAGGCAAACUCUUUUUAAUUUUCCUAGAUUUUACUUACAAAAACCAGAGAGUAUAAGAGAAUGUGCGAGGCGGGUUGACGAAAUGGGAUUGUCGAGGCAUUCGAAAAUCUAUAUUCAUGGUGUUCGAGUAAUGAAUUCGAUGAGUUUAGAAAAAUGGGAAUCGAAAGUGAAGCUGUUUAGGGACAUGGGUUAUAGUGAAGAUGAUAUAGUGAAUGUUUUUAGAAAGGUACCUCAGGUGUUUGCGUUAUCAGAGAAGAAAAUAUUGCUAGGCUCCGAAGUUUUGCUUAGUUCAGGAAGUGUUGAUUUAACAUUUUUGAUUCAGCGUUCGGAAUUGCUAAUUUAUAGCGCUGGGUCUAGGAUUAAGCCUCGUUUGGACAUCAUCAAGGUUCUUAUGUCAAAAAAUUUACUCCAAAAGGAACCUAGUACGUGUACAGUGUACAAAAUGUCUGAUAAAGCUUUUAUACAUAGAUAUGUGCUUCCUUAUGCGGACGAAAUUGGCGAGGUUGGUGCAAAAUACAUUGCUAGAAGAAGUUUAAGUACUCCUUAGAGAUCAAAGGUUCUUAUGUCGUUGAUGAAUGGAGAUCAAAGGUUCUAUGAUCAAGACUUUGUUUCGAGAAGGAGCUGACAGUUGCACAUCUUCAAGCUCUGGCAGACUGAAUGAUAAUAAUAGUUGAAGGAAGAAAGCUGAAUACUGAUUAGCUAAUUUAUCUUGCAGGCCAUCACCCAUAAAACACUAUAAUAUAAUGUAGAUUGUUGAUUAUCUAAUUUAUUUUUGGGCCUAUUUAUUGUCACUUAAACGAAGAACGCUCUUGUAUGUAGGCACUCUUAGGGAUGCAGGCGGGGCGGUCUAAUAGGAGACCCGCCCCAUCCCCGCCCCAUCGGGGAGAGGAUGGGUCCCGGUUUGAUGGGUCAUGGGGCGGGUACGGAUAUAAAAUUCAUACCACCGCGGGGAUGGGUUUUAGGUGAUACCCGCCCCGCCCCGCCUCAAGAUACCCGUCUCAAAAUAUGUAUAAAUUUUGGGAAACUGGGUACCCGGUAUCUGGUUUAUAUUUUUUUUUAAAAACUAAUUAUUUUCAAGUACUAGAUUGAUUUACUUUGGAUGAUUUUGAGUUGAUGUUGAAAUACUUUUGUUUUAGACAUGUAUAUUUGUUUGAGACUUUGGUUAUGCGUUUGUUUGAGACAAGGAUUGAAUAUAAAUAUGUGGCACAGAUGGGUUUAAGCGGGGAUUUGACGGGUGGUGGGCCGGGAAAAAUGGGUAUUACACGGGGAUGGAUACCCAGAUGGGUGGUGGGGCGAGGAUGGUUUUAGAUACAAACCCAUCGGGACGGGGAAAAAAAUUAUACCUGCCGCGGGGAUGGGGAUGGGGAUGGUAAUUCCAAUACCCUCCCCGCCCCGCCUCGUUUGCAUCCCUAGGCACUCUAGCUUACUCCUGAAUCAAAAAAAUUAUAGUAUAUGUCAACUAAGUGUUUAAUCAUAAGAUAAUUAUGUAAUUUAUGUUUAAUCAAGAGUCAUUACAAAUGGAAUAUUGGGUUGAUAAUGAUGAUGUUUAAUCAC